ACAAAACAUCUCCUCUCAAAACUUCUUGUUGUUCAUUAAUUAACUAAACAUGGUAUCAAUUCGUGACAUGAUGAAGUUAGGGUUCCAAUUCUCCUUCCUCGUCCUUAUUUCUCUCGAUUCUGGUGAGCACUUGUGUCGGUCUGUCUGUGAAACCCCGCGAAGUGACUUCAACAGGCGGGAAUCCCCUUUUUGAAUCCCAAAAAUCCACUGUUUUUUAAACCCUAAUCCCACCCCACCCACUGUUUUCUCUUUCUUCCUGUAUAAAUUCCUUCUUUCUUUCUCAAGAAAUAUUUUGUAUAUUGAUGGCGACAACUAUGGCGAUCAACGGGAGUCUUGUUGAAUCCAAAGAAGAAGAAGGUAAGGACGUUGACAGGGUGAUGGAUGCUGAGGUUGCUACUGAUGAUGCGGAACGAUGUCGUGUUACCCAUACGGAAACGGAACAAGGCGUGGGUGUUGUUGCGCCUUCUCCUUCUACUCUUCCUCUUCCUCUUCAUCAUCAAUCUCCACCCUCGACCUCCGAAACCCAAAAAUUAGAACGAAGUAAUAAUAUUUCUUCUGUUACCCAUAACGCGGAUGAACUGUUGGUUGAAGAGAAAGAACAUCAGGAGGCUGUUUUGACAAAAGAGGAACAAUCUGGUUUUAAUGGUGGACAACAACAAGAUUGCGUUUCUGAAUCCAACGUAGAGGUGAAGGUGGGUGUUCCCAAGAAGAAAGGCUCGAAACCAGGCCAUUACAAGAAAAAUAAACCACGUGGUCAUCCAAAGCAGGACCUUUCAACAGAAGAAGAGAAGACGCUGAUGAUGGGUGUUGUGAAGUCUACUGAUGAUGAUACCAAGUGCGCGGAAGAAACAGAAGUUGUUAUGGUUGAUGGCGGAAAUGGACUUGACGUCGAGGUCGAAAAAGACAAGGAGAAUGAGAGGUCUACAAGAAGAAAUAGGAGUAAUGUUAGUUACGUCGAUAUUUACAAAUUCUUAGAAGAUUAUGAGGAUGAUGAACGGAAGAAGAAACGUAUGCGGAAGAGAACAAAGACUGAUGAAGAGGAACAAAAAAAUCCUUCAACAAAGAGAGUUACGAAGAAAACAAAGAAGACUGGUGAAGAGGAACACGAAACUUCUUCAACAAAGAGAUGUCGGGAAGGGUCCAACUCAGGCAGAAAGUUUAAGUAUUAUGCUAGGCACUCGGUUCUGGAUGAAAAUGGAAAUGAAGUCCAGGUUGAGUCGAACAUGUGCCAUCAGUGUCAAAGGAAUGAUAAGGGACGAGUUAUUCGGUGCCAGAAAUGCACUACAAAGCGUUACUGUGUUCCUUGCAUGACAACAUGGUACCCUAACAUGACAGAGGAGAUGUUUGCUGAGCGUUGCCCUGUUUGCUGUGACAAUUGCAACUGUAAAUCUUGUUUGCGUGAUGUGCGGCCUAAAGUGAAGGGGAUGAUUGAUUUCCGACCUGAUGACGAUCAGAAAGUUCGAUAUUCUAUUUAUAUCCUACAUGUUCUUCUUCCAUUCUUGAAGCGGCUCAAAGAGGAACACAUAAAGGAGAAAGAGGUAGAGGCUAAAAUUCAAGGAUUAACUUUAUCGGAGGUACAUUUGAAGAAGGCACAGUGCAAACUGGAUGAGCGCAUGUACUGUGACUGCUGUAAAACGUCAAUUUUUGACUUGCAUAGAAGCUGUCCUCAUUGUCAUUAUGACCUUUGCCUUCAAUGUUGCUGGGAAUUGCGUGAUGGCAACCCUCAGGGAAACAAGGAAGAAGUUAUCACUGAAUUUAUAGAUCGAGGUUCUGAUUACUUGCAUGGGCAUGAGAAGGGCCGUUAUGUUGUAAAGCGUGCUGCAGAUCCUGCACCAUGCAAAAAGAUAACACAUGACUGGAAGUGUUUGGAUGAUGGUAGAAUUCCUUGUCCUCCACAAAGUAUGGGUGGUUGUGGUCUUGGAAUUUUAGAGUUGAUGCGUAUAAGGCCAUUUGACAAGGUUUCAGCAUUGUUGAAGGACGCACAAGAGCUCUUAGAAGUGCACAAAAUGGAGGAGGACAUGCGAGAGAUGCCUGAGAAGUGGUGCACUUGUUCAGAUUUUGUCAGGGAAAGCGAUGGUGAUAAGCAGUUACGCAAAGCUGCUUCUCGUGAAAGUUCCAAUGACAAUUACUUGUACUGUCCACGUGCUAUAGACAUUCAACCUGGAGAUUUAAAGCAUUUCCAGUGGCAUUGGUCGAAAGGCGAGCCUGUCAUAGUCAGUAAUGUUCUUGAAACUACUCUUGGGUUGAGCUGGGAGCCCAUGGUUAUGUGGCGGGCUUUUCGCCAGAUUUCAAAUACCAAGCAUGACCAGCUCCUGGAUGUGGCUGCACUUAAUUGUUUAGAUUGGUGUGAGGUUGAUAUUAAUGUUCACCAAUUUUUUAAGUGGUAUACGGACGGUCAAUAUGACUCUGAAGGGUGGCCUCGGAUCCUUAAGUUGAAAGACUGGCCUCCAUCGAGUUUAUUUGAAGAACGCUUACCACGUCAUGGUGUUGAAUUUAUCACUUCCUUACCCUUUAAAGAAUACACACAUCCGCGUGAUGGCUACCUUAAUCUUGCUGUGAAGUUUCCUAAAGACUCUUUGAAGCCUGACAUGGGUCCUAAAACAUAUAUAGCUUAUGGAGUUGCUCAAGAAUUGGGACGUGGAGACUCUGUAACUAAACUUCAUUGUGACAUGUCUGAUGCGGUGAAUGUGCUGACUCAUACUGCAACCGUGACCCCAAAGUUGAAAAACCAGAAAGAGAUAGAUGAACUGAAACAGGAUCAUGAGGCCCAGGAUCAGAGGGAACUUUUUGGACUGGUAAAGGAGGCAAAAUUUAAUGCUGAUAGCAUGAAAUGUGCUACUGGCAAGCAAGUUGUUGGCUUGAAGAAAAAAAAGGCGGCACUGUGUAACAAUGGUGUUGGGUCUAAUAGUGGAAGUAACUCCAGAGAUUUCGAUGUCAAAGAAACAAGCGACUCUUCAGCUGUUUGUUGUUCUAACACCGGAAGUAAUCAAUCAGAUGAGCAUGAGUUGAAGGCGGAAAGAUGUGAAGGAGCUGAGCAUAAAACUUACGAGGAUCAAGAGAACAAUGGGAAUAAAAAGGGUUCUCUGAGAAGAGUUAAGAAACAAAACGUGAAUGCAGGAAAGAAAGCGAGGUGCAUGGAACCAGAUAACACUGUUACUAUAUGCACUGAAAAAGAUGAUUGCCCACAUAUCGAAGAAGUUACCAAUGAUGAGCAAACAGAAGCUAUCGAAGAAGUUGAUAAUCAGGAUGAUUCAGGUAUUUGUGUCGACUCUGAUCUGCAAGAGGGAGGUGCUCUGUGGGACAUCUUUCGAAGGGAAGACACUCCUAGAUUGGAGGAAUAUCUUAAAAAACACUUCAGAGAGUUCAGACAUAUCUUCUGUUGUCCACUGCAGCAGGUUAUCCACCCAAUCCAUGACCAAACAUUUUACUUAACUAUGGAGCAUAAAAGGAAGCUCAAAGAAGAGUUUGGGAUUGAACCAUGGACUUUUGUCCAAAAGCUUGGAGAUGCUGUCUUUAUACCUGCCGGUUGUGCCCAUCAAGUUAGAAAUUUGAAGUCAUGUAUUAAAGUCGCAUUGGACUUUGUUUCUCCUGAAAAUGUUGGUGAAUGCAUCCGGUUGACAGAAGAUUUCCGUGUUCUUCCCCAAAGUCAUAGGGCAAAGGAAGAUAAGUUGGAGGUGAAGAAAAUGGCACUUUAUGCAGUGGAGGCAGCUAUUGAGGACUUGAAACAUUUGACUCUCAAGAAGAAAACCAAAUCUAAGCAAUAGGAGUCUGCAACUCACAAGGGAGUGGCUGUGUCAUAGUUAUGAUAUGAUCAGAUUUUGUUGUAAACCCAGUGAGUUUCCACAAAACUCGUUCAAACUGUAACAUUUGUUUAUUGAUCGAUCAUGUAACAGUUUUGUUUUUUUGAGCAUGAGAUAUGGGAAAUGCAAGUUUUGUGGAGUCA